UGCUGACCGCCAUUUUCUACGGCGGCACGUUUCUCUGUUCAGGACAAUAACUGUAGUGGUUAGGACGCUAAAUUAUUAUCAUGGGGGACAAAAUUGACAUGAGUUUAGAUGACAUUAUAAAGUUGAACAAAAAGCCAUCACGCGGGGGUCGAGGCGGUCAAAGGGGAGGGGGAAGAGGCCGGUCAGUCCGUGGGGCACAGCGAGGCGGUGCACGACGCAGUCAAAGAGGUGGUGGUGCUGCCGGUGUCUUCAGAGGAGGCAUACAACGGAGAAAUCGUCCACAGAAUUUUCAAAGGACAAAAGAAGUACCGGAUGUUUGGCAGCAUGACAUGUAUGAUGGUGGUAUGGGUGCGAAACGAGGUCUUGUUGGAGGUCGCCUUGGAGGUGGUGGCGGUGCAGGAGCUUCAGUGCAGCAAGGGAAACUUCUAGUGUCAAAUCUGGACUUUGGUGUAAACGACUCUGAUAUUCAGGAAUUGUUUGCUGAGUUUGGUCCAUUAAAGAUUUUGAAGGCAGCAGUUCAUUAUGACAGAUCAGGUCGAUCUCUAGGUACUGCAGAGGUAAUCUAUGAAAGAAGAAGUGAUGGAGUGAAGGCCUUAAAACAGUACAACAAUGUACCUCUUGAUGGUCGUGCUAUGAACAUCCAACUGGUUGGUCAGGCAGCAGGGGAGACAGCAAGGCCAGCAUUCACUGGGGGGAACAGACAAGGGGGGAAUUAUGGCGGGAGGUGGCGGUGGCGGUGGCCGAGGAAGCAACAGAAGUCGAGGUCGCAGCCGAGGAAGAGGAGGUUUCGGAGGAAGAGGCCGGGGUCGGGGACAGCAGAAAACACCCACAGCCGAAGAGCUGGAUGCUCAACUUGACGCAUACAAUGCUAAGGUGGGUUUAAUGGGAAAAGUUAACAGAACGCGUCUGU